UUGGGUGUAUAAAAGACAACUCUUCUUCCUUCUUUCUGCAUUCGACUGCUCUCUCCCCUCUUCCUCACACCCAAGACUCUACCUGCACAGGAUGUCGUGGCAAGGUUAUAUUGAUAACUUGAAGACGCCUGACCAGAGCGGGACGUGCCCGGUGUCAGAGGCAGCCAUCUGUGGAAUCACAGCUGGGCAGGAGAGCGUUUGGGCCAGCUCACCCGGCAUCCAAGUCACGGUCGAUGAGAUCAAGAAGCUGGGUGCUAAUGACCGGUCGAGCUUCGCUCAGAAUGGCGUUCACAUCGGCGGAGUAAGGUGCCGGCUGAUCCGAGACCAGAUGGAUUUUGACGGAGUCUUUGCGCUGGACCUGAAGACCUCAGCAGAUGCCGAAGGAAACACGUUCAGCAUAUGUGUUGGAAAGGCAAAAACAGCGAUAGUCAUAGCCAAGGGCACGAAAGACGCUUCUGGUGGUCAGGUAUCCAGCAAGGUGUUCAAAAUCGUUGAGUACCUGAGGAAGGCUGGUUAUUAGGACAAGACCGUCACCUUCACCACAUGAGAUGGAUGCCACCUCCCGCCUCCCUUUCCCUACCCU